GGGAGCAGAACUAGGACAACUGACUCAAACUGGCCAAAGGACAUUCUGUGCCAUAUGACAUCCAGAGGAAGGAGUUAUGAAAGAGGGUGGGAGUACACCUGGCUCUCUUCUCCUGCUCGGGGGCACUAUCUGGGCAUCGGUUGGGAGGUGAACGAACAUGCAUGAACGUGUGAGCAGAACAGAGCGGCAGUUUAAAUCCCUUCCAGCUAGUCAACAGAGUCUCCUUCCUCAGUUCCUUCCUCACCUUGACAAGAUUCGGAAGUGCAUUGAUCAUAAUCAAGAAAUACUGCAGACCAUUGUGAAUGACUGCGUUCAUAUGUUUGAAAAUAAAGAAUAUGGAGAAGAUGGAAGAGGGAAGAUUACACCUGCUUCAACAUUUGAUAUGGAUAAAUUGAAGUCUACUUUGAAGCAAUUUGUCAGAGACUGGAGUGAAGAGGGGAAACCUGAGCGAGAUUCCUGCUACCAGCCAAUAAUUAGUGAAAUUGUAAAGAACUUUCCAAAAGAAAGAUGGGAUUUCUCCAAAGUUAAUAUCCUGGUACCUGGUGCUGGGCUAGGUAGAUUGGCGUGGGAAAUAGCUAUGCUCGGUUAUGCUUGCCAAGGAAAUGAAUGGAGCCUCUUUAUGCUCUUUUCUUCUAACUUUGUACUCAACAGAUGUUCUGAAGUUAACUCAUGUAAGCUUUACCCCUGGAUUCAUCAGUUUAGCAAUAACAAAAGAUCUGCAGAUCAGAUACGUCCAAUUUACUUCCCUGAUGUUGAUCCUCACAGUCUUCCUUCUGGUUCAAACUUCUCUAUGACAGCAGGGGAUUUUCAAGAAAUUUACUCUGAAUGCAAUACUUGGGACUGCAUAGCAACUUGCUUUUUCAUUGAUACAGCACAUAACGUUAUUGAUUAUAUUGAUACUAUAUGGAAAAUACUGAAGCCUGGAGGCAUAUGGAUAAAUGUAGGUCCUCUUCUUUACCACUUUGAAAAUCUGGCAAAUGAACUUUCAAUAGAGUUAAGCUAUGAGGAUAUAAAAAACGUUAUACUGCAGUAUGGCUUCCAUAUAGAGGUGGAGAAAGAAUCUGUUCUGUCAACUUACACUGUGAAUGAACUCUCCAUGAUGAAAUACUACUAUGAAUGUGUGUUGUUUGUGGUGAGAAAACCAGAAGAGAAGUGCUUUGAAUAGGUUAGUCAGAAAAGAGUUUGGCCUGAAUGCUAGAAAUAAAAAUAAUAUGGACUGAUUGAUGUCUGGACGCAACCUCAAAUCAGUGGUGCCUUCCUAUUCCUAAUAAGAUUUAGAUAGUGUCUAUUUUCUUAAUAUUUCUGUUGCUAUCCAGACAUGUACUAUGCCAUACGUAUUUGUACUAUGACUAGUGAAAAUGGAGGAUAAAAUAUUUGCAUAUACUGUCUUUGUGCUUUGGAAUGCGUUAAGAACAAAAAUGUUUUUUAGGACAUAAAAAUUGUUUGCCAGAGCCAAGCUAAUUUUACAAAUGCUGCCUCGUUUUCCUUGGAUUUAUAAUGAUUUUGGGUGUUCUGCUUUUGGGUGUUUCUGCAAAGAGGUACUUACUGUACUUACUGCAUCACAUUUAAAGAAGUAUUUUUAAAUGUACAUUUAAAGUCAGUUAUGAAGUCUGAAAUGAUUGAAAAUUUAUGAAAUGAUUAAAUGACCUGUUACUGAGGCGGUGGCAACCUACCAGGGGGGUUUUAGCUAAAUGAUCAUCUCAUGGCCUUGAAACAGAAAUAUUGGAUGCAUUGUGGCUUUAAGACACACUGAUUUUGAGUCACCUACUUACCGCUUAAGCCAAAGUGUUAAACAUAUAAUUAACAGAAAGCUACAGUAAACCUUUCACUCAUCUCUUUUUCAGUGUUAAUGACAAAACUGUUAUCCAUGCUACUUGUAGGUAGUGACAGAGAAAAAUCCCUCUUUCUUGAGGAAUAAAAAAAAACAAAAAACCAUGUAAAUAAUGUGCUGUAACUUAGUAAAUUUCCUAACCUGGGUCAGCAUUGUAGCUUUAGGCACUUUACUACUUAGUGGCUUACUUCUAGGUUCCUUUUCCUAAUUAUUUUUCUGGUUAAUGAGGCUUAGGUGGAUAUUUAAUCUGCAAAUCCUAGCCAAACCUUCGUAGAAGUAAGGCUGAAUCUUCUUUUGCUUAAGUUAUAUAAAUGAAAAAAAAUUACUGAGCUUAGAGGAGGUAUCAUGGUAGCCAUUUGUCCUCUUUAAUGUACUGGUUUGGUUCAGUACCACCUUUACUGUUAUUCAAACUAUAAGAACCUUGUGGUAAGGAAUUAAGGGUGUUUUCAGGGUCACAAUGGUGCACUGGACAAUAACUUGUUUAAAUGUUUACAAUUAUUUCCGGUCCCUUUUUCAGGGUGAUGUCAGAAUCUCAUAAUCACAUCUUUUUUAUAUUUCCAUUGCUAAGUUUGGGGUUUUUCCUGUUAAGGCUGGACAUUUGUGCCUUCAUUUCUAAGAUGAAAGUUUGCAUGGAAGAAAAACACAGCUCUGUUACUUUGUUGGUUUGUGUUUAAACGUUAACACUGCACAUAGGAAAAGAGCGAUUGUGGGUGUUUCAGUACCGUGCCCCUUUCUGGUCAGAAUUUUUACUGAGAAUAAAGACUUCUGGACUACAGAAGUUUUCAGCUUUACACAAAAUACUCUUGUUAGAAACUGCACCUCCAAGACUUUACUCUGUUAAUGAACUGCUGAGUUUCUGCUUUGGUCCAAGAAAGGUUUUUAAAGUGCUGCUACCACAGUGGGAUUAAAAUAAGAGCCCUUCCACACCUUCAAAAUAAUAAUAAUAAUCUUACUUUUAUUCUCUUACUGUAUUAUUUACUUUGGUUUCUGGUUAGACUUUGUGUUUCUUCACUUUUUUUUUUUUUUUCUGCUCAGAUAAAACAAGAUUAGCGUUUUGGUUUCCAAGUUCCUGAAUGCUAAUGAGUUAGCUGAAUGUUGGUCCUGCUGAGGCUGAGGGCUGCCCUGUCCUAGCAGUCAGUGGUUACACCCAACAUGCGAUGUUUCCUACACAUAUGAAAUUGUACCCUUGUGUUCUGGUUGAACAUUGCUAUCCUUCAUUCAGUUGGCUUUGUUCGUUGCUGCCCCAUGUUGUCACAAGUGCCAUUUUCAGCACUGGUUAUAGAAGUGGUUUAAUUGACUUUAAUCAUGUAUAUAGCAAUGUGCUUGUAUUUCUCAUUUGGAAAAUGCCAGCUUUCCCCCACGAAUUUCCUUUUAAUGCGUAGCAGCUUCUUUAACAGCUGGAAGCGGCACAGCCUUGUGAAUCGGUGGUGUGAGUCAGUGGUGUGGAACCCUCUGCCCUGCCUGCGCGGUCCUAGGCUGCUCCAUCGCCCUGCCGGGGAUAACUGCUGUGCCACACUCCUCCCGCUGCACCCAGUGUGAGUGCGCUCCCAGAUCCUGGCCUAACAAAUGCUUCUGUGUAUGGAGUAUGUUUGACAAAUGUAAAGCUACCUGUGUUAUUAUUUAUAUGUAGUGCACACACAGCACAGUCACAAAGAUGGGGAUUGGAAGCUUCAUGUCUCCGCGUGAACUUUCCGCUAUUUUUAAUGUGUGUAAUGAACUUGAUUUUACUCAGACAUUAAAGUUUGCAGUACGA